AUGUCAGCGGCAUCAAUAGCUCGAUGGAAAGCAAUUCCAAUGGAACGAGAUAAGCCGAGCGCUGGAACAAAGCGUGCACGAGACGACUCUUCCGAUGAUGGAGGGAACGACGACGACGACAACAUCUCCCUUGUCUCUCGUUCGCCGUCGCCAAAACCUAUGUCAGCCCAGGAAAUGUUACGCAAAGGGAUCGACGACUACACACAUGGAAAUCUAGAAGAAGAAAUUGCGACUCUAGAGACGAGAAUCAAGGCUACGAACAUCGGUUACAGUAUGCUGGCGCGAAUGGGUUGGAACCCAGGAGACGGGCUAGGGUUGAACGGAACAGGUCGACCGGACCCAAUCCCGUUCUCGCUCAAGAAUGAUACCAGCGGGCUUGGCAAAACCAGAAUGGACUUUGAGAUGAUCGACGCCACAGUGGGACAACGAAGGGACCUGGAAUCAGAGCGACAAACAAGAGAGACUGAUGAAGAAAAGCGGACAAGAGAGGAAUCUGUUGCGAGACAAGCGGCAAUCCAGACAGAGAUAACAGGAGUGUUGAAGCCGUUUUACUGUCAGCUCUGCGAUAAACAAUUUCUCAACGUUGGUCAAUAUGAUGAGCACACGAACUCGUAUGCGCAUCACCAUAAAGCUCGUAUGAAGGAUCUCAAUGCUUCGGCAAAGGUCGGUAAAGAAUCUCAGUCCGUUCGAGCCGAAAAAGAGCGCAAGCGAGAGGAACCUACACUUUUACCCUCCUUUGGUACACCAUCGACCCCAGGAGAAGGGUCUCAAAAGACUGGUUGGGCGUCUGUGACCUCCGCAUCCACAUCCAGUAAAUCUGGUGGAUGGGCCACUGUUGGAGCUGCAAAGCCUCCUGGAGCGUCACCCAUUAUUUUGGAUCCUGCUCAAUCACCAGCGCCGCCUGCAGAAGCGCCUCCACCUUUGCCUCCUACAGAGGCACCCCCUCCGUUACCGCCAUCGGAUUCACCCCCACCAGUGCCACCUUUGGACGAUCACCCAACGAAACCCGUCACCAAACGUGCCCCCAGGUUCAAGAGUUCUGGUUGGACAAACCUGACGCACCAGUUGGAAGAAAAAGCCAUUUUAGACUCCACGACGAUAGGUUCCAAAGACGAUUCCGGGAUGAUGGAUAGCUCAAGCGAUAUUCAGAAAACCCCAAGUUCAUCUCCUAAGCACAUGGUCAUCGACGUGGACGCGCUGUACCCUCCGACACCUGGUCCAGCAUUGCCUAUGCAUACCAAAACGCCUGGUUGGAGAAUACACGAGGCACCAUCGCCGUCCCCACACGUCGGUAGUGGUCCAGGAGGGGCUAUGGCAAAUUAUUUCUCGCCGAUAGGAGACAGAGGCUCUAACGCGGCGACAAGAGGACGAGUUCCGAUAAGAGGGAAACUUGUUGGCAAGGGCUAUCAGCCAGCUUUUCGCGCAUCAUCCCCUAUGCAAGACCUUGAAAGCGCACCGCCUGGCUAUAAACGAUAA